GGCGGGGGCCGGGCCCGGGGAGGGGCGGGAGGCGGCAGCAGCCGCCCGGGGCUCCGGCCUCUCGCUGUCUCGGCGCUGCGAUGGCUUCGCUCCGCUCCGGCCGGGCCUGGUGGCGCCUGCUCUCCAUGGCCGUGCUCGGCCCCGUCCUCUGCGGCCGGCCGGGGCGGGCUGAAGAGCCGGAGCCGGGCCCGGACCCGCACGGGCGGCACGUUUACAGCGCGGAGAUGCUGCGGCACGGAGCCGCCGCCGCCCCUCACUUCGUCAUGUUCUUCGCCCCGUGGUGUGGCCAUUGUCAGCGUCUCCAGCCAACUUGGAAUGAUUUGGGAGAUAAAUACAACAACAUGGAAAACCCACAGGUCUAUGUUGUUAAAGUGGAUUGUACUACAGAUACUCCACUGUGCUCUGAAUUUGGUGUUCGAGGAUACCCUACCCUAAAGCUGCUUAAACCAGGACAAGAACCUCUGAAAUACCAAGGCCCUAGGGACUUCCAGGCACUGGAAAACUGGAUGUUGGAGAAACUGAAUGAGGAACCAUCUGAUCCAGAAACUGCUGUGGAACCACCAAAAGCUCCUGAACCUAAACAGGGAAUGUAUGAACUCUCAGCAGACAAUUUUAAGAUGCACAUAGCAGAAGGUAAUCACUUUAUCAAAUUCUUUGCCCCUUGGUGUGGUCAUUGCAAGGCUUUGGCCCCAACCUGGGAACAGCUGGCUCAAGCCUUUGAGCAUUCAGAAACUGUCAAGAUUGGCAAGGUUGACUGUACCCAGCAUUAUGAAGUCUGCUCUGAAACCCAAGUUCGUGGCUAUCCUACACUCCUCUGGUUUAGGAAUGGUGAAAAGGGUGACCAGUACAAAGGGAAGAGGGACUUCGAUUCCUUAAAGGAGUAUGUGGAUUCCCAACUACAGAACUCUGGGAAAGAACCACAAGCAGAUAAACCCGCCGAAGCCCCGCAGCCACCCGCAGAACCCACUCGUGUUGAGGCUGCAGUGCUCUCCCUCUCUGAAAAAGACUUUGAUACAACCAUUGCUACGGGGAUCACCUUUAUUAAAUUCUAUGCUCCGUGGUGUGGUCACUGUAAAAACUUGGCUCCAACUUGGGAGAACCUUGCCAAAGAGCAAUUUCCAGGUUUGACUGAUGUCAAAAUAGCAGAAGUGGACUGCACUGUGGAACGUAACGUCUGCAACAGAUUUUCUGUACGCGGUUAUCCUACACUUCUGCUUUUUCGAGGUGGAAAGAAAGUCAGUGAACACAAUGGAACGAGAGACCUUGAAUCACUGCAUAGCUUUGUCUUGCGUCAGGCAAGGGAUGAAUUGUAAUAAAAGUCUGGAUGCUCCA